AUGCAAUCGUUCAACUUCAUUUUGGCGUCCUUGGCUGCUCUCGGCCAGGCUGUUCCGCUUGCUGGAAGAGACGAGAGUUGGCAAGUUACACGCUUCGCUGCAUACCAAGCAGCACACUCCAUCUCAGAAAUUGUGAGCUUCAACGUCCAGAUUGGAAGCGAGGACCCAACGACCUGUAGCGGAGUCGGCAGCGGCGUCACCUCGAGCGAGCCAUACCUCUUGCCGCUCUCCGGUUCAUGUGUCGCUGGAUCUGGCAUGACAUUCAACUUUACUCAGGUGGAGGACCAGGCCAUCAGGCUGGACGUGAUCAAGACAUCUGAUGGUGUUCAAACCGUUCAGACUUAUACUAGCAACACUGGCGCUGUACAAUUUGUCUCCACGGGCGACAACCCCUUGGACACCUCGACUUCGUACACUGGCCCUCAGGGCUUUGCCCUCCAGGCUUGA